GCGGGCGGCAGCGGCUGCAGUCGGCAACGGCGAUGGCGGCGGCCGAGCUGGGCCCGGGUCCAGCCCGGUGCCGCUCGGUGCAUUGGUUCCGCCGCGGGCUGCGGCUGCACGACAACCCUGCGCUGCAGGAAGCGCUGCGGGACGCCGCGUCCCUCCGCUGCAUCUACAUCCUGGACCCGUGGUUCGCCGCCUCCUCCGCUGUGGGCAUCAACCGCUGGCGAUUUCUGCUCCAGUCUCUGGAAGAUCUGGACAACAGUUUAAGGAAACUCAACUCUCGCUUGUUUGUUGUGCGAGGGCAGCCAACAGAUGUCUUCCCAAGACUCUUUAAAGAAUGGGGAGUCACUCGUCUCACCUUUGAAUAUGACUCGGAGCCGUUCGGUAAGGAGAGAGAUGCAGCUAUCAUCAAACUGGCCAAGGAGGCUGGCGUGGAGGUGGUGAUAGAGAACUCCCACACCCUCUAUGACUUGGACAGAAUAAUUGAGCUUAAUGGCCACAAGCCGCCGCUCACCUACAAGCGUUUCCAGGCCAUCAUUAGCCGCAUGGAGCUCCCGAAGAAGCCAGUGAGCACUGUAAUAAGCCAGCAGAUGGAGACAUGUAAAGUGGACAUCCAGGAGAACCAUGACGAUGUGUAUGGGGUCCCAUCCCUGGAAGAGCUGGGCUUUCCUACGGAUGGUCUUGCCCCUGCGGUUUGGCAAGGAGGGGAGACAGAAGCCUUAGCACGGCUGGAUAAACACUUGGAAAGAAAGGCAUGGGUUGCAAAUUACGAAAGACCAAGGAUGAAUGCCAAUUCCUUGCUGGCCAGCCCGACAGGCCUCAGUCCCUACCUGCGUUUUGGCUGCUUGUCGUGCCGCUUGUUUUACUAUCGUCUCUGGGAGCUGUAUAAGAAGGUGAAGCGGAACAGCACACCACCCCUCUCUCUCUACGGACAGCUGCUGUGGAGGGAGUUUUUCUACACAGCAGCCACAAACAACCCAAAGUUUGAUCGCAUGGAGGGGAACCCCAUCUGCAUCCAAAUCCCCUGGGACAGGAAUCCUGAAGCCUUGGCAAAGUGGGCAGAGGGCAAGACAGGCUUCCCUUGGAUCGAUGCAAUCAUGACCCAACUGAGACAGGAAGGUUGGAUCCAUCAUCUGGCCAGGCAUGCGGUGGCCUGCUUCCUGACCAGGGGCGACCUCUGGAUCAGCUGGGAGUCAGGAGUCAGGGUAUUUGAUGAACUGUUGCUGGAUGCAGACUUCAGUGUGAAUGCAGGCAGCUGGAUGUGGCUUUCCUGCAGUGCGUUCUUCCAACAGUUCUUCCACUGCUACUGCCCUGUGGGCUUCGGACGUCGCACAGACCCCAGUGGUGACUACGUUAAGCGGUAUCUGCCGAAACUAAAGGGUUUCCCCUCACGCUACAUCUACGAACCAUGGAAUGCCCCAGAGUCUGUGCAGAAGGCAGCCAAGUGCAUCAUUGGGGUGGACUACCCCAAACCCAUGGUGAACCACGCAGAGACCAGUCGACUGAACAUUGAGCGCAUGAAGCAGAUCUACCAGCAGCUGUCACGCUACAGAGGGCUCUGUUUACUGGCAUCAGUCCCUUCAUGUGUGGAAGAUCUCAGUGGCCCAGUUACAGACUCAGCCUCAGGGCAGGGUUGCAGCACCAGUACAGCAGUGAGGCUGUCGCAAGCAGACCAGGCUUCUCCAAAGCGCAAACACGAGGGAGCAGAAGAGCCGUGCACUGAAGAACUGUUCAAACGAGCCAAAGUGACAGGUCUCCCCGCUCCAGAGGUCCCUGGCAAGAGUUUAUGACUCCAGCAACAAGCACCUUGCAAGUGAAGAGGGAGAGUGCUGAAGAGGUGACCAGAGGAGUAGGGACUGCUGCCAUGGAGGGACUGGAACUUGUGAUCCGCAACAGAAAAUCUGGGGUUUCAUAUAAAUGUGUAAUUCCAAUAGCUGCCACAAAAAGGCACUGCGUUACUUGUGCUUGGGACUAUUUGGCUUUCUGGUCUCCAGAGAGCCAAAUAUGUCUCCUCAGCCAUGUCCAAAAUCUGACCACAUUUAAGGUGGGGAGAGUCUUCUAUCAGCUUGUGCAGUCCCAGGUGUAUCUUUCUUUUCUGACAGUGGCUUGAUGCAUUGAUGUAGGGAGCAGCAUCUGCGCAUCUCAAGUAGUGAACGUCCUUUCUCAUCACUAAUACUAGGCAGUGAGUGGCGCUGAUUAAUUCAAAUUAUAGUAGGAGUUGAGAAGGAAGCUGCUACAGUGUUAAAAAUAGAGUACCCAUCCUACGAGAGAGCAGGAGAAACUCAGGUUUUCUUUCAUUAGUCUAGACUGGCGGAGAUGUAAAUGCUUUCUGAGUAAAUCAAGGUGGUACUCAUGGGAUGGAAAGAAAAUGAAGGACAACUGUAGCACAAGAACAAAGGGAACCAAACUGUCUGUACUCUUGAACAGCACUUAAAACUCUCCCUGCAGAAGAAUCUCGCUGCUGCAACAUGGGCUGUUGUCUGGAAGGAGCAGCUUCAGAGCACUUUGACAUUGGGUGGGAGGGAGUCUGAGAGGAGAAAUUCUUGAGAGAAUAAGAACAUGGCUUGAUAGGAGUAAAGUAGUUUCCCAGAAGCUUGCUGGUCCAGAUAAAAGGAAGCAACAUCUGUGCCCCUGUAUUCUAGAGCAUUUCCUUCCCUGAGCAAGAGCUCUCUCAGAUGGAGCAACCAUGGUGUGUAGCCUGUGAGUGCCUCGUACUGAUAGGGGAUGUGUUACACAUCAGCUCCUUGAAGUGAGUCUUCGUCAGUUUUAGUCCCUUAUCCAUUCUGGGUGUCCAUUCUGUUUUCUCUUUCCUGCACUGGCAUCUGUGUUUCAGGUUUCUACACAGUAUACUUCAGUCCCUCUUGCCCUGCACACUGCUCCUUAUGGCCAUACGCAUUCAUGCUGGUGCUUUGUAGUCAAGCAGGACGAUUGUGUAGCUUUCCUGGCUCUUAACCAUACACUCCUUGGCCCAAUCCUGUUACAUGUCACUUCAAGACAGUGCUGGAAGAGCACCUCUACUUGCCUUCCCAUCUGAGAGGGGAAGGGAGGGUAGUACUGCCGAAGAGCCUGUCUUCUGGCUGUUCUAAAGAGGGAGUAGAUCAAGUAGCUGGUCUUAUGCAAUGGGCUGCUGUUGGCACUGUUUUCAUUUGCUGUCCAAAACUUUUCAUCCCUGCCUGGAACAGAUAACAUGGGACUAUAUGUGAAUUGCUCAGUGAACAGCUUGGGGAGCACAGGAGUUAUCUCCUACUCCGACUGGGAUAAUCAAAUUCCAUUUUGGAGCCCAUGUUUGAGCCCAGAGCAAUGGGGCUGCAAAUAGAAAGUGACUCAAAUGCGUCUGGGAAAGCUGAAGUGGUUGAAUUGGGUCUGUGAGUUAACUUAGUGAAUAGCUGAAUAACCUUUCCUUCCCACUCAUCUCCCUGGGGCAUUGACCCUAGAUUCCUUUUUGCAAGGGAAUCCAUUGAGCAGAUUGACCAAGUAAAUACUUUUCCUGCUCUUACUUUCUUCUAAACUUCUAUUCAUAAAGCCUGCCUGGUGGAAAACCCAGUACUCAACAAGUUUUGUCCCUUUCACUCUGACCCAGACCUUACUCCCAUUGUCUUGGGGGUAGAAAGUUGUGAAGAAAUAGAGACACCCCUUCUGCGGCAGAGAGAAGAAAGGGAGAAGACGUGCACUUUGUACACUUAGGUUACAGAAGUUGUGACUUCUGUCCUUUGCAGAGCCUCAUGCUUGGGCAAUGGUCUGUAAAUAUGAUUUUUUUUUUAAAUAUAUAAAUGUCUUUAACCC